CGUGAAACGUCAUCUUUUCGCCCCGGAACUGUAAGGGGAAGAGAAACAGCAUGGCAACUUCGGUGGUGGAGUUAACAUCAUAAAGAAAACUAAAAGUCUAGUCUUUAAUGGACAUUUUCAAUGAAUAAACCCUACGAAAACCGUAUCCUGUAGUUAACGACGUUAGAGAGUUACCUUCUUCGCAAACACAUUCCAGUCUGAGAGAGGAGGAGUCAUUGGGUACCACAGCUGCCGGGAAGUUUAUUUGCACACGUGGUUUACAAUGGCCAAAACCAAGAAGAAAUCAGUGACAUUUGACUUACCAAGAAAAGUCGCCACUGUCAGCGCAAUGGACGAGGAGGUGGAAAGCGAUGAAGAUUUCCUUCCAGAUAACGAGAACAUCAUCAGUGCGAGUGAGGAUGAGGAUGCCGGCGACGAUGAGCGCAAACACACCAAACUCCUGGAGGCCAUCAGCGGACUGGGGGGCCGGAGGAGGAAGAAGAUGACAGAGAGGUCUGAGGCCAGCCUGCAGGUGUCAGAGUUUGGCGUCAAUGCAGAGGGUGCGGGCGAGAAGGUGGCGCUCUCAGAUCUGCUGAGUUCUGCGACAGAAGCAUCCAGAACUGAUGGAACCAUGACAAAGACUCACAGACAGCUGAAGAACCUGGAGAAACGUCAAGCCACUCUGGAACUUCCCCUGAGCCACCAGCAGACAGAAAAAAUCCAGCGUGAGGCGGCGUUUGAGAAGGCGUCUAAGGAGGUCUCGCGUUGGGAGAGUACCAUAGUCCACCAGCAGAGGGCAGAGCAGCUUUUCUUCCCCCUCAACCAGCAGCCCUCCAGGCCCAGACGCAUGGAGCAGCUCGUCACCAGCUGGAAGACUCAGACACCGCUGGAGCAGGAGGUGUUUGCUCUGCUUCACGCCCACCGGCAGCCGACUUUUGACCCCGUGUUGACCCCCGUGGAGGAGGCGCAGCUCCAAGCCAUGAGUCUGGAGGAGGCUCAGUUGCGUCGUGCUGAGCUACAGAAGGCUCGAGCACUGCAGUCCUACUACGAGGCCAAAGCCAAGAGGGGGAGCAAGAUCAAGAGCAAGAAGUACCAUAAGGUGCAGCAGAAGGCCAAGAGGAAAGCCUUCCUGAAGCAGUUUGAAGACCUGUGCAAGAGCGACCCCGAGAGGGCCAUGGAGGAACUGCAGAAUAUGGAGAAAAAACGGAUAGAGGAGCGGAUGUCUCUGAAGCAUCAGAACAGCGGAAAAUGGGCGAAGUCCAGAGUCAUCAUGGCCAAAUAUGAUCUGGGGGCACGACAGGCCAUGCACGAACAGCUUGAACUCAACCGCCAGCUCACCCACAAGCCCCUCCCUUCCUCUGAACUCCAUGACGACAGUGACGAUGACUCCAACAGCGACCCCACUCUGGCCAGUGAAGACCAGACACUGCCCGACAUCGUCAACGAGGCAUCGGCCAAUCAGAAGGAAGGGGCAAAUCCCUGGAUGAAGAUGGCUGUAGUCUUGACAACGGCAGAGCAGGAAGAGCCAAAGGCGGUGGCUGACAGUGAAACUCCGGAGGCUGCCGUGUCGGACGCUGGUGAAGUGGGAGAAGAGCGGGAGGAGGAGACGGAGGAGGAGAGGCUGCUGGGAGAGUUUGCCCGCCGACGGCAGCUGAGGAGGACUAACGAUGAAGAGGAGGAGGACAAGGAAGCCAGGCAGACGGCUGAGGCUUCACAGACUGAUGGAGCUUCCGAAGUCUCCCCAUCCAGAGCUGACCGUAGCGAUGAUGAUGAUGACGGUGAUGAAGACGAAGAGGACCAGAUGGAUGAAGCGGCUGCAUCAGAACUCAACGCUCUCUUCGGCCGCCUGGCCAAGCAAGCACAACAGGGUGCGGCACCCUUGGGUUCCUCUGCGGAGCUGCUGGACGAGGAUACGACACGAGUCCGCACGCUGGAGCAGGCCGAGCUGCUGGCAGAGACUCACAAUGACACCGCCCCCCCCGUGGCCCAGGUGGAGUCGGAGGAGGCUGCACCAGGACAUGAUGUGGAUGACCCCGCCCCUAAGGGGAAAGGUCACCAGAAGGUCAUCGACCCAGAACAGGUGCUGACCAAGCAAGCCAGGAGCAUCCGUGUUCCCAUGACAACGCCGGCCAUAGAGGAUGCUGAGGAUGAGGCCCUGGACGAACAGACAGACAUGAUCCGCGAGGCUUUUGCAGGAGAUGAUGUCGUCUCUGACUUCCUGAAGGAGAAGCGGAAGCAGGAAGAGGAGGGGCGACCCAAAGAUGUCGACCUAUCACUGCCCGGCUGGGGUGAGUGGGGAGGGGUCGGCAUCCACACCAAGAAACAGAAACGCAAACGCAGUCGCUUCCUGAAGAAAGCUCCGCCUGCUGCCCCCAGGAAAGACCGGAAGCUUCCGGCCGUCAUCAUCUCAGAGAAGCGUGAUGCCUCUGUCGCCGCCCACCAGGUGAGUCAGCUUCCAUUCCCCUUUGAGAACCCUAGCCAGUUUGAAAGGAGCAUCCGUUCCCCUCUCGGUUCUACGUGGAACCCGGAGUUGGCCGUGAGGAAACUGACGGCCCCUCGGAUCGUGACAAAGGCGGGGGCCAUCAUCGAGCCCAUCUCCAGGGACGACAUCAUGCCGGCUAAGGCAGUGGCAGGCAAGCGCCGCGCCGCCCCCGACAUCCAGCUGGGCGGCGACGCUGAGCGCAGGGGGGGGCACCACAGACCAGGAGCCAAGAAGAAGAAGCACAAGAAAUGAACCCCCCCCCCCCAUCCCUAGUCGUAGGAAAACAAGUGUCUUCUCGUGGAUAUUAACAUGGUCUGGACUCUGAUUGGCGCUCGUAUGUUGACCCUUGACCUUUAACCCCUGACCUUUCCACCGAACUCAGACACCCCAACCACAUGAAGAUUGUGACUAUGGCAACGGAACAGUUUCCAGCUGGCAUGGUGCUCUGCAUCUUCAGUCCCUCUGAGGUGUCGGGUAGGGAUUCUGUUGCCACGGAAAUGUUAUAAACUGUAAAGUACACAUCAGGGUGUGAAUCAUUAAAACAGAUUGUGACACGUCACGUCACAUCAUUAGGUGUUUGUUUUCUGUUGUGAAUCAUUAAAACAGAUUGUGACACGUCA